AGAAACAAACCCAACAACAGUUGGAUUAAAAAUGUGUGAGCGCAACGCUUUCAUACGAAGAAAGAAACUCUGAAUGUCUGUACAGCUCAGGUUUUGCCAAAGGAAGCGAUGCUGCUGAAGUUAGCAGAACAGUUGUGAUUGCAAAAUGAAUUUCUCCGAGGUCUUUAAGCAGUCCAACCAUCUUUGCAAAGUUUCCCCAGAUGGAAAAUAUCUGGCUACCUGUGUACAAUACAGACUAGUUGUGAGAGAUCUUAGCACUUUGCAAAUCCUGCAGCUCUACACCUGUCUGGAUCAAGUGUCACACAUGGAGUGGUCCUCUGACUCUUUGUUCAUCCUAUGUGCUAUGUACAAGAGGGGGCUGGUACAGGUGUGGUCUCUGGAACAGCCGGACUGGCACUGUAAGAUCGAUGAGGGCUCAAUCGGACUAGUCUCCUCACGCUGGAGUCCAGACGGACGUCACAUUCUCAACACCACCGAGUUCCAUCUGAGAAUUACCGUCUGGUCCCUCUGCACGAAAGCCGUGUCUUACAUCAAGUAUCCCAAGGCAUGUCAGAAGGGAAUAGACUUCAGCAGAGAUGGAUGCUAUAUGGCUUUAGCUGAGCGCCGUGAUUGCAAAGACUAUGUUAGUAUAUUUGUAUGUGACGACUGGCAUUUACUCAGGCAUUUCGAGACUGAAACUCAGGACCUUGCAGGAUUGGAAUGGUCUCCCAAUGGAUGUGUGCUAGCGGUGUGGGACAGCUGUCUAGAGUAUAAGGUUUUGCUAUAUUCCUUGGAUGGCCGGUUGCUGUCGACCUACAGUGCCUAUGAGUGGUCCCUCGGUGUGAAGUCUGUGUCCUGGAGCCCCAGCAGCCAGUUCCUGGCUAUAGGCAGUUAUGAUGAGAAAGUGCGCAUCCUCAAUCAUAUUACAUGGAAGAAAAUCGUACAGUUUGAACAUCCUGCAACCAUUGACAACACGAAAGCUAUUGUGUAUAAGGAAGUGGAAAGAAGACCAGCCAUGGUCAGCGAUGAGCUGUCACUACACAACAUCACAAUGAGCCCCACGCUUCUCAGCACCCAGAGCAAGUAUGAGAUCUGCCCCCUGCCUGUCCACAUUCCUGUGGUCAAGCCAGAGCCAGACAGAGCUAAUCCCAAAAUAGGUGUGUCUGUUCUGGCAUUCAGCUCAGACAGUCGCUAUCUUGCCACCAAAAAUGACAACAUGGCCACUGCCAUUUGGGUGUGGGACUUGCAGAAGAUGAGCCUGGCGGCUGUGCUGGAGCACACAUCAGCCGUACGCUGCAUUAUGUGGGAUCCCCGUCGCCCCCGACUGGCCCUGUGUACCGGCAACAGCAAACUUUAUCUUUGGUCUCCAGGAGGCUGCGUUUCUGUUCAGGUUCCUGCUGAAGGUAGUUUUCAUGUCCAGUCCCUAAACUGGCACUGGAGUGGUGACUCUGUGAUCCUGCUUGGGAAAGACCAGCUGUGUUUGUGCUAUAUGGACACUGACCACGAAGAAGAGUAAAAGUCACAACAUUUACUCCAGAGUUGGUUCAGGUCUAAUUAUGUACUUGUAGAUCAGUGGAAGCACUCCUGGAUAUCUCUAAUGCUGGAUUAUAGCAGCUGAAAAACCAAAACAUUUGCAAAACCUGGUGACAUUCCUACUCCUUCAGAAAGCAAAAAACUUUUUAAACUAAAAGAUACUAGUUUAAAAACCAGUGCUAGUUUUUCAGCACUUAGCCUUAAACUAUUUGUGUACAUGUUUCUUUGAAUGUUUGUACUUAUUCUAAAUACAUUUUUGAAAUAAAUACUUCACAGUU